UCUGGAUGUAGGUGGCUGCGUUACGCGCUCCGGCGGCGCAGCUCUGCUCCGUGCUCCCUCCUCCUCCUCGCCCUCCGUCAGGAUCGCUGCCUGAGCCCGGGCUCUGCUUCUCGCGGGAGGGCGUCUCAGGCGGCUCCGCUGGAUGCGGGCUGCGGACGGCCCCGGCCCCGCUCCCGAAGGGGUUCUGCGCUGAAGAUGGAUGACUUGGCUCUCCUUGACCUCUUGGAGUGUCCCGUGUGCUUUGAGAAGCUCGACGCCUCGGCAAAGGUGCUGCCGUGCCAGCACACCUUCUGCAAGCCCUGUCUGCAGAGGAUCCUGAAAUCGCAGAAGGAGCUGCGGUGCCCCGAGUGCAGGACCCUCGUCCUGGGCAGCAUUGAGCAGCUGCCCUCCAACCUGCUCCUCAUUCGCCUCCUGGAUGGAGUCCGGUGCGGACAGAACGCCGGCAGGUUCGGCUCGGUGCAGAGGUCGGGGGUCCUGUCGUCCCCCGCCUCCAUCAGGAGGGUCCCCAGGGGGCUGCAGCUGCACCAGCACCGGCUGGCCACCAAUCCCCGGAUCCACAUGGAGGGGGUGCCACGGGCCAGGGCUCUGUACUCGUACCGCGGGCACAACCCGGGCGAGCUGCGCUUCAACAAGGGCGACACCAUCGCGCUGCUGCGCCAGCUGGACGACGACUGGUACCUGGGCGAGCUGAACGGCGCCAGCGGCGUCUUCCCGGCCAGCUCCGUGCAGGUCAUCAAGCAGCUGCCCCUGCCGCGCCCGCUCUACGGCCUGGAGCUGCGGGGCCGGGACAAGGCGGGCGGCAAGGACAUCCUCACCUUCCCCAAGCCCAGCACGGCCCAGCAGCUCCUGCAGGCCACCAAGGGCCACUGGUCGCCGCCGCCCCGGGCCGCGUCCCUGCGCCCGGCCAAGGCCCCCGCAGAGCCGGCGGCGCUGCCCAAGGCGCCCGAGGCGCGCAGGAAGAGCCUGCGGCAGUUCUCGCUCACCACGGCCCUCAACACGCUGAACCGCAUGGUGCACGCCGAGCGCCCCGCGCUGCACAUCAGCCCCCCCGUGCUCAUCAGCUCCAGCAACCCCAGCGUGCCCACCCAGAGCUGCGAGAGCGCCGAGCUGCCCUGCGGCACCCCGCUCCAGGUCUACCCCACGCCAGGAGCACUGGGGCCCCCGGCAGCCAUCGUGACCCUUCCCCACCUGCAGCACCACGGGCCAGCCUACCUGUGCGUGGCUCUGCACUCGUACGCGGCGCACGGACCGGACGAGCUGGAGCUGCAGAAGGGAGAAGGGGUCCGCGUGUUCGGCAAGGAGCAGGACGGGUGGCUGCGGGGCAUGUCCCUGGUCACCGGCAGGGUCGGCCUCUUCCCCAGCAACUACGUCAGCCCCCUCUUCAGGAAAUCCAGUCUCACCGACUCGAAGAUGCCUUCCCUGUACACCUCCUGGACCCUGUCCACGUCCUCGCUGUCCUCGCAGGGCAGCGCGUCCGAGGGCGGCCCGCGGCAGAGCCGGGCCCUGCGGCCGCUGCUGCUGCCCGUGCCCAUCCCGUGCCCCGGCCGGGCCCCGGCCCCGCUGCGCCGCGGCCGCGGCAGCGCCAGGAGGAACGGAUCCCUGCAGAGGCCGGGCCAGGCGGGCACCCCCGUGCCGAUCACCGGCUCCCUGCGGCGCCCCUCGGCUGCGGGCCGAGCUCAGCACUUGCAGCUGUACCCGCACGGCGUCCCCGGCACGGACGAGACAGCGAGGCCGAACCCCUCCUAUGAGGCUGCCCCGGCGCUGCUGGUCAGGGCAGGGGAGAGCCGGAGCCCCUCGGUGUGCAGCUCGGUGAUCCUGGACGCCAAAGAGCCCUCGGUGAAGAGCGAGGCCGCUCCAAAGCCGCCGGCGUCAGCCCCGCCGUCCAUCCUGGUGAAACCAGAAACGUCCCGCAACAGCGCCGAGAAGCAAGUGAAGACGGUGAGGUUCCAGAACCACAGCCCGCCGCCGCCCAAGCGGCACAGCCUGCAGCCCUCGCCGAGGCUGGCCCGCAGCAGGACAGAGCCCGGCCCCGAGGCGCUGCUGCCCGAGCCCCGCCUGGGCCCCGAGCUGCUGGUGCUGUACUCGCCGCGCCUGGGCUCCAGCCCGCUGCACCCGCGCCGGGCGCUGCACCCCAAGGCGCUGUCGCUGGAUCUCUCGGGGCAGCUGACCUUCCCCAUCAAGAAGAGCUACAGCAGCAUCUCGGCAAACUGAGCGGGCAACGCGCGCCUGCCUGCCCGCCCGCCUUCCUCCCCGCUGCCGCUCCUCUCCCUCGGCGCCCGGCCCCGCAUCCCGCCCCAGCUCCCGGGGCAGGGCCCGCUGCUCCCGCACCGCCGGCGCCUCGGGGGCUGGGGCACCUCGGGGGG